AAAAAUUUAACAAUUUUAUCUACCAUAUAAAAUAAUUAGAAGUUUUAAAAUCACCACAUAGAGUUAUUUUCUACCACUUUAAAAAGCCAUAAAUUCAAGUGGACACAUGAAAUUUCCAAACAAAAAAAAAAAAUCAUACUCGAAAAUAUUUCAAAUACACCUAUAAUCCCCCCACAACUUUGUUACAUAAGUUGUGAAUGAUCACACUCAAUUGCUAACUUGGUAACUUCUCUCUUCCUUCUCUCUCUCUUUCUCAUUCUCAUUCCCUCCAUCAUCAUUCAUCAACACCACUUCUACCACCAGCCCACCACUGGCCCACCACUGGCCCAACACUUCAUCCUCUUCUUUCCCACCAAUAUAAUUACAAAACUUGCAUAAAUUUUAAUUAAUUUUGUAAGAGACCCACAAAAAAGUUUCCAAAAGAUACUUCUACAACAAAAUAUUAUGAGUACCCUCUAAUCCUAUUCCUAAUUCCUAUUCUUUGUAAAUGGCCAAAACCCCACAAAAAAAGUAAAGGAAUGUUUUAAUUUUAACCUUGUUUUUUUUUUAAUUUUUGUUAUAAGAGCAAGAAUAAGGGGAGAAAAAAGAUGGGAGGAGUAACAUCUUCAAUGGCUGCAAAAUUUGCAUUUUUCCCACCAAACCCACCUUCAUAUAAAGUUGUAAAAGAUGAAGCAACAAGCUUAAUGCUUCUAGAACCAUACCCACAUAGGGAAAACGUCGACGUUUUGAAGAUCCCUACAAGAAGAGGAACUGAGAUUGUUGCCAUGUAUGUUAGGUAUCCUAUGGCUACUUCUAUUUUGCUCUAUUCUCAUGGAAAUGCUGCUGAUAUUGGUCAGAUGUAUGAGCUUUUUAUUGAGUUGAGUAUUCACUUGAAAGUUAACAUUUUGGGGUAUGAUUACUCUGGAUAUGGGCACUCAACAGGAAAGCCCACUGAGAAUAACACUUAUGCUGAUAUUGAAGCUGCAUAUAAGUGUCUUGAAGAGAAUUAUGGUGCUAAGCAAGAAGAUAUCAUUCUUUAUGGUCAAUCUGUCGGUAGUGGCCCAACAUUGGAUCUUGCUUCUCGUUUACCACGAUUACGAGCUGUUGUUUUGCAUAGUCCGAUACUGUCAGGUUUGAGAGUCAUGUAUCCUGUUAAACGCACUUAUUGGUUUGAUAUCUAUAAGAAUAUCGAUAAAAUCUCAUUGGUGAAGUGUCCUGUUCUGGUAAUCCAUGGAACGGCUGAUGACGUUGUUGAUUUUUCUCAUGGUAGAACAUUGUGGGAAUUAUCACAAGAAAAAUACGAACCUUUGUGGCUCAAAGGAGGAAGCCAUUGUGACUUAGAACUUUUCCCCGAGUACAUCAAACAUCUCAAGAAAUUUGUAUCCACGGUGGAGAAACCUCCGUCCCAAAGGCACAACAUCUCCCGAAGGAGCGUAGACAAACCUGAGAAUUCACGGAAGAGCAUUGACUGUUAUGAUGUAUCAAGGAAAAGCACAGACCGAAGAGAAAAACCAAGGAAAAGCACAGACCGGCCAGACAUGCUGCGAAUACAAGAAUACAAGACCAGCAGCAUCAAUACGCUCGAGAAGCUGAACAUUCCUUUUGAACAAUUGGAAAGGUCUCGUGGAAGUGUAGAAUAUCUCGACAUGUCUCGUAAAAGCGUUGAUGUACAGUUUGAGAAGGGUCGCCGUAGUGUGGAUUGGGUGGAUAGAAUAAGGGCAAUUUGAAGGUUGUCAGACACUGUAAAGGAUUUAAAAGAAGCAUUUAUUGUGAAUUGAAGGGGGGCACAGAAGAAAAACACAGAUAAGUGAAUAGAACAAGCAAAUUGGGUAAAGAAAGACAAUGGGAUGGUAUAAGUUAUGGUAUAUUAGAUGUUUGAUGUUUAUUAGGAGUUUCUCUUGCACUUCAGGUUUAUGUCGGAGUACUUUUAUGUUGAUUUUACAAUGUUUUCUUGGUAUAUACUUCUAUAGUAAAACAUUGUUCUUCAUUGCCCGCUUUAACUUCAACUAAGUACGUUACGUCAAGUA